GUUGUUAGCGAAAGCCGCGCCCGCGCAGACGUGCCCGUUUUUUCUUCUAUUUGUUUUCGUUAUCAAACGUCGCGUAUUGUUAUGAAUUUUUGUAGUGUUUCUGUGUGAGUGUUCUUGUAACGUGUGUCUUAUGGUAGUGUCAGUGGGUUUUGUAAAUUUCGUGUUAUGUGUAUAAAUUGCUGCAUGGUCGAGGAAAGUGAACUUUCAUAAUAACAGUCGUUACGCGUAGUUUGAAGGACUUUUAAUGUUUUGAAUAGUUUAUACGUGUUUGGAAUAAAAAAGUUACAUUUAGGAGCGACCGUCGUCCGGAGUGUUUGUGCCCAUGUUAUGUUAAAAAAACAGUGAGUGUUUAAAAAAUGCGUCGCGUUAAGAUGAAUAUCAACCCGGACCUUGGGGAUUUGGAGGAGAUGCUGGCUCACGUGCAGACUCAGAUCGAGAGGGAAAUAGACCUGGAGAUAGAGGCGAAGAUGCCUUCGGUUGUUAAUGUUCAGGAGUCGCCGAAGAUGAGGCGGUCGUCAUCAGUCAACAAGGGCGACGGUCUAGAAUACCGCAGAGCUCCAAGACCUCAUCUCGGUCGUAUGAACAGCGAUAUAACCGCUUCCGAACACGAGUACGGACAGACGAACACACAAAACGGUUUGAGAGGUUCUCAGACCAGCUUGAAGUCCAACGACGACACGAUAUCCCAGGUAUCAUUUCAAUCCUUCAGAUCGGAACCGAUCCAACGGCAUUCGGUGAUGAGCCUCCCCGAUAAGAGGGAGUCGAACACAUUGAACGGGAGAGGAAAGACGGCCACCUUACCCCGGGGAUACGGCUCGAAUAGGGAUAAAAAUUGGGAGGAAUACUGGGCACAUGAGCAGUCCAUUAGCAGCGCACGCGCAUCAGUGAUGGUGUACGAUGACGCCAUGAAGCGUUGGAUACCGUCAGGGUCCAGCUCUGGGCUGUCCAAGGUCCACAUCUAUCAUCACACGCAGCAUAACACCUUCAGGGUUGUGGGAAGGAAACUAAACGAUCAUGAGGUGGUAAUAAACUGUGGCAUCGUCCGUGGCCUGAAGUACAACCAGGCCACAGCUACGUUCCAUCAAUGGCGUGAUGCGAGACACGUCUACGGAUUGAAUUUCUCGUGCAGAGAGGACGCAGACAGCUUCGCUAGAGCCAUGAUGCACACUCUCGAGAUCCUGGCGAACAAAGUGACAAACAACACGGCGCCACCAGCCCAGGUUCCAAAUCCACCCGUUCCUUACAACGGACAUAAUACGCACUACGACGAGGAUAUGGGAUACAGAACGAUGACGAGGGAGGAUGCAGCGAUCUUACAACAGCCGCAGUACCACGCGCCACAACACCAACCCCAUCACCAGCCACCGCAGCAUCAGCCACAACAGCUGCCACAACAGUUGCCACACCAGCCACAACAGCUGCCGAGCCAGUACCACGCACCUCAUCACCACCAACCGGCUGCUCCACCCGCCCCCGCCCCGCCGCCGCACGCCGUGCACACGUUACCGCACGCGCCCCCGCACGGACACCACCGCACUAACAGUGCUCCGAUGGCCCCCAACAUGUCUCUGUCAGCCGCGGGUGCUCCGCCACCCCCGCCGGUGCCGCCGCAUCAGAAUCUCCCUCCGCCAGCCAAUGGGCCGAUAGCACCCCCCACCCCGCCCGCUGCGACACAACCGCCACCUAUGCAACCCGCCGCGCCCGCGCCGCCUCCGCCCCCGCCGCCGCCGGGGUCGAUCUCGACGCCGGCCCCCACCCCGCCGGCCCCAGUUCCGACCCCGGCCCCAGUCACCCCCGCCCCGGCACCCCCACCGCCCCCUCCCCCGCCAGCCGCCGGUACUGAUGCAGCAGGACUGGCAGCACAGCUCCAACAGGCCAGGCUGAAGAGACAGGCCAAGCAACAACAGUCGUCUCCGUCCCCCGCCGGGGGCGAAGCCUCUCCCCCCGAAGCGGGAGCCCGGGGCAACCUCCACACUAUGAUGCACGAGAUGCAGCGCACUCUCGCCAGGAGGCGAGCACACCUCGCACACCUGGAUAAGAAUGAGGAGUCGUCUACUGAGAACUCUGCGAGCUCAACCCCCAUGAAGUCAUGGGAGAGAUCUGCCACCUUACCUCAUCGUCUACCCAACGGGAACACUCCUGUGAAUACUGAAUGUAAUCCAGCGGCCCAGUCCCCGAGAGCAGCCAGGAAGAGAUUCGGUUCAGCCAGCGAGGAAACUAUACUUAAGCAAGUGAACGGUUCCGGCGAAGGAGGCUGCGCGUGCGGCGGCGCGGCCGAGUGGGAUAGCUUCAAACAGGAUGUGCUCCGGGAGAUAAGGGCACAGGUCGCGCACAUGAAGAAAGACAUACUCGACGCUAUGAAAGCGGAGUUCGCCCGGAGGUAAACCACCCUCCGAGCUGUGCACGCCGGGCCGCUCGCAGACCGUCUUCAAGUUCAUCGUCUUUAUCAUUUUUAUUGAAAUGAUUCACGGAAUGCUUUUAAUAUUGUGUUCUUGUAUCGGCAUCCUGGCCAGAUGCACGCAUCUCCGUAGCUGCGUAGAGCAAACGAAGUCCUUUGUAUUGAGAACGCUACGAACGCCCCAAAUAAGGCUGAGUUUAAUAAUGGUAGGACGGUUUGUAGGAUACUGUCUGUCGAUGUCGAGAUAUUUAUUUUUCAACGACAGCCAGUUUAAACUUCACGAACAUGGAGACGUGCGUUUCGUUUCUCGAUUGAAAAUUUAUUUAUUCGGUAUAUGUUUUUGGUAUGUACAUUUACUAUCGGUUUUUUUUUUUUUCAACGAUUUAUAUAUAGUUUGCGUCGAUUUUACAAAAAAUAAAUAAUCAGCUGUUUAUUAUUAAUUUAUUUAAAAAAAAAACCGAUAUAUAUAUUAAUCGAGCUAGUGUCAAGUUAUGUCUAGUGUUAGUAUUUAUUGAUCGUAACGGCGAAACAUUUUGUAUAUCUAGUAAGCAACUUCCCUUCUCACGGUCUAUUUAAUCUCGUGCGACGCGUGUUGCUAUAAUUAAUGUAGAUUUUAGAUUCGUAUACAUAUUUAAUGAAUCGUGUUGUUCUCGUGUCGGGUGAAAUUUUUUUUUUUUUUAAUAAAAAUAAACGUAGUCUUCCAUUUUGUAAUAGAUGAAAAAUUUUUAAAACACACAUUUCAUUAUUAUAUAUGAAAAUUCACACACGCUAUCGAUGUAUAAUCAAGGAAAUAUUAACGAGAUGAACUUAUAUAUAUAUAUAUAUAUAUAUAUAUAUAUGUAUAUAUAAGUCACUACACAGAGGCUUCGUAGCGUGACGUAGGCGAACUAAAUCUAUAUAUUUUCACCCGACAUUAGAUAGUGUACAGGACGUGUAACAGUAUUGGAAUCAAUGAAGUACAUAUAUACAGUACGGUUGGCGGAGGCGGAGCCUUCCGUGUGAUGUGGACUGGGGUUUAUAUUAGGGUGCUGCUUCUGACGUCACCGAGUUCACUCUAUGCUGACUGACACACAUGGUGGUGUGUGUUAUCUGUGUACACUGAUAUGUGUAGCGAAUUGUAGACAUUUCAAUGACAUGCUGUAAUAUCUCAAUGGAGUGUAUUUUAUUUUAGCUAAGUGAUGAUUGAUCUUAUAUAUUUCUUGUGGCUCGGAUCUAAUUCUGUUUUCUUUCUCUCGUCUUACAAGUCAUUAUGUUUUGUUGAUAACUGACUAGCAUGUGUGUCAGUAAUAACUUAGCUUUACGCACAACUCUGUUUCAUAGACAAUUUUUUUUCACACAUUUGUGAUUCAUAGUUAACUGGGCUCUACACACAUUUGUGAUUCAUAGUUAACUGGGCUCUACACACAUUUGUGAUUCAUAGUUAACUGGGCUCUACACACAUUUGUGAUUCAUAGUUAACUGGGCUCUACACACUUUUCUGAUUCAUAGUUAACUGGGCUCUACACACAUUUGUGAUUCAUAGUUAAUUUUCCUCUACACACAUUUGUGAUUCAUAGUCAACUUGUCGCUUCAGAGAUCUCUGUCUCCUAUAUUUCCAAGGCCCCCUAGUUUACUGUAGGUGGUAAGUGUAUCAUCGGACUGAACUUCCAUUCCGCGAGGCCCGCGCGGCCCGCACCUGUCGUACUUUACAUUCGAGUCGCAUUUACAUUAUUUUUUAUAUGACUUAAACGCAUUUGUGAAUGUUCUGUCUUCAAUCUUUCGAUAAUUUCCGCAGACGAUCAUCGUUUGUGUGAUUUUUGUUCCGCGUGUGAAAUCCUCUUUUGGGAUUCCGCAUUGGCUUACUCCCUGGUGCUGGAGGGCGUGGUGCAAGCUGUGUUUUGUGUCGUCCGCGCCGCUAUCUGGACGCGCGUCAUCCCCGCGUGAUUGUGCAGACUAACCUGAAGCUUGUACAUUAAGUCAUAACUUAGCGUUAUAUGUAAGGUGAUUGUAUUAACUAACCAAGUUGUCGGUUUGUGACGAAUCUUGCGAUGAUUUUUGUUUUUUUUUUCUUGUAUUGGUCUCAGUAAUGUCAAAGAUUCGGUGUUAAUGUAUCGGUUAGAGUUAAAGUUUUUGGACGACGUUUUGAUUCGCCUAAUCUUUGUUCGUCUGUGAGAUCGGUGUUCGUGUAUCCGAUAGUUUUUUAUAGCGAACAAUUUUUGGAACAUUUUUUAUCGACUGCACAUUUAGUGCUUGUAAUUUUUUCCGUAUAUACGAUGGUAGUUUUUUUUUCUGAUGUCACAGCAACUCCUCACAAUAUUGCCGUCGAAUUAAGACCUUUUUUUUUUUGUUUGUUUGUUUUUCUUAACUUUAUUUUUAAACUAAACUAAACUAACUAUAACUUUGUUGCGUUAAAACUCCAACGAUGCUGUAUUUUUCAUCUCGACGGCAAUACUGUGUGGGGCGCCGAGCAGCUCGUGUAGAUUAGGUUACCAAGUGUACUAUGAUUUGUAAUAAGAAUCGUUUAAAAAAAAUGAUAUAUUUUGUAGUCAUUUGAAUAGUUGUACAUAGACUUAGGAAUUAUAUAUACAUUUUUUUUGUGAUAGAUACUUUUUUUUUAUUUAUUUCCUUCAUUCACGUAUAUUAUCGCGUACGACUGUUGUCUGAGCGCCACAUAUAUUCCGCUCAGACAUACUAACGGUGUAUUAUUUCCUGGUAACUAGUGAUUCCUAUCGAGUUUUAUUAUCAGUCUCAUAUAUAUAUAUUAUACUAAGUUCUAGCCGCGUAUCGCUGUGUGUACGCCACAUUCCUUAACACUGCCAGACACACCGAGGUUCCGUUAAAUUUUAUCGAUUUCUACAAAACUAUCGAUAACUUAGCUCGUACCGGCGUUUAUCGAGUGCUUGAUGUUAUAUCUGUACAUAUGCUGGACUCAAUAAAUCGAUACGUAAGUGA